UUUGCUUCCCUGCCUUUCAUACAGACCGGUGCCUUGGAGGGUCAACACUUCCGUAAGACUGGCAAACUGGUGAGUCUCUCGGAGCAGCAGCUGGUCGAAUGCUCCGGUGGCACUUAUAAAAACCUGGGGUGUCGCGGUGGACUAAUGACUAGUGCCUUCAACUACAUCAAGGCCACUGGAGCUGACAGUGGGGUAUUCUACCCCUACGUGGCAGUGGAAGGGCCUUGCAAAUUCUCAGCCAAGAACAUCGCUGCCACAUUAACUGGCUUCGCCUCAGUAACUUCUAAAAGCGAGAGCGCUCUACAGACGGCCGCUGGGACCAUAGGCCCCAUCUCUGUGGCCAUCGAUGCAUCCCACAGUUCCUUCCAGUUCUACAAGAGCGGUGUGUACUAUGAGCCGGCGUGCUCGUCGACCAGCCUUAACCACGGCGUACUGGUAGUGGGUUAUGGCACUAGCCCCGCAGGAGACUACUGGAGCGUUAAGAACUCUUGGGGCACCGGGUGGGGUGAGGGUGGGUACAUAAAGAUGGCUCGUAAUAAGAACAACAACUGUGGUAUUGCCACUGCUGCUUCCUACCCAACUGUGUAG